AUGGCUGUCACUCCCACCAAUCUCUCACUCUCACAGUUUGCCAAUUUGUGGGCUGAUAUCAAUGCUGAUCUGGUAGCUUUCGCUCGUGCGUCGUUCCAGGAGUAUCCUUUCAAUACUGAAACUGUACUCGACUCGUCUUCGACGCCAUCCUGUUGGCCUUCCUCCGAGUAUGUUCCUCUUUCUGCAACGUAUACCAAGGUUUAUACUCUGAUAUCUGGGUUAGGGCUGGUGGAAGGGCAGUAUCGCAGACAGGAACUUCUGCUGCAUUUGGCGGCGACCGCCAUCGGGGGGUGGCUCCAACUGAUGUGCGACGCCACAGGAGGUCGUCUGAGGAUGCCGCGGUCUGUUGAGUUUCAUAUAUUUAAGUUCCAUAAUGUUGGUAUGAGCCUUGCAAAGAGCUCCGUGGAAAGCCCGCAUGCCCAACCAAGAAACUUGAGUUCGUCGAUGGGCAAUGAAAAUGACAUGAACAAAGGAGAUAAUACGAGCACGGGAAAGUCGAAUGAGGAUUAUAGAGUCAGUACUUUGCUCCCCCUUGUUGUAGAUCUAGAGAACUGGGGAGGGAGAUCUAAUCAAACAUGGAAGGAGGAGACCUCUCAGCGGCUAUGGGAUAAAGUCAUCAAAGAAACGCGUGAGGCUUGGAGGAAAUGUGCAUCGGACGACUAUUUUCUGUUUUUUCCGCUCGUUCCUGUGGAUAAAGAGGAGGAAGCUUCCCUGUUCAGAAACGAUAGGGCGCUCCAGUAUGCUGAGCAGACGGCUGGGGUGUGUGCGGUGCUAACACUUGCCCAUCAUUUUCAACGCCUCCAGGAUGCUUUGUCGGUUGUGUUUCAUCGUCUGGGAUCUCAGGACCCCUGCAACGGUUGUGAGAGCGCGCAACCUUAUGGAAGUGAGGAUCGCUACCAAGGUCCCGAAACCAAAGCCCGUUUUAGAAGAAAUAAUAUCAUCAACGAGUUAUACCGAUCUCUGGUUGGGUCUCUGCUUAGAACGAAUCUGAGCUGGAUUAGUGCGAUUCUGAAGGAUAUCACGGGCCUUACAAUCGGACGAGCGGAGCUCGAUUUGCUUUGGUCGAUGCCGUUUCCGUUAUCUUGUGAAUCCGCCGUCCAUUCUCGCGGGAGUGUCGGGCGUUUGUCGACUCGGCUGCUUAGGCCGUCCGGCGGCGGCGAAGAGGCCCUCAAAGGCGAGGCACCUUUCGGGCAUACAAAGGUCAACGCGAAUUCCCUGAACUCCGCGCUUGGGCAUGACUUUAGCGCGUCUUUUUCCUCUCUCACGAACACCCACCGGGAGCGAUUCCAAGCCCCCAAAGGCGUCAGCCUCAAACGCGUUUCCUAUGUGUGCACCAUGGUCGAGGAGUGUGGGGUGGACGAUUUGCUCGACGACCUUCUCCAGGAGGUGAUGAAGUGUUGUUCAAGGCAUGGCCAGAAGGUCGCGAGCGCGUCCGUUGGCGCCUUGUUGCGCCCCCCAUCGAUGCCGUUUCUUUCUUUUUCUGGGGAGGCGAGGUCGUUCACGAGCGCGCACGCCGAGCGCGGGGGCGUCGCGCAGGCCAAUCAGGCCCUUCGGGAGGCCCUUCAGGGGUUUGUUCGCUUGCGAUCCGCGUUGAUGAUGUUUAGCGCGGGAACGACGCACUACCUGGAGGCCCUCACCCUACACGGGCGGCAUUUGUUGCUAAAAGGGCUCAAGGCCUUUACGGACGGCCUCACGGCCGGCCCCGCCGCCCUGCAAUUCGCCGAGCAGUGGGGCGUCUCGAUGUGGAUUCAGCUCUGCGAAGAAACGAGCAGUGCGAGGCCGCGGAUGGGGGGCGAGGUGGCGCGAAAAGCCCCUCUUGCCUCUCGGCGAGGCGCCGCGUCGUUCGCGCGAUCCCCUCCCCCGCUUUCGGGCGCCGCCACGAGGGUGCCGUUUCAACCCCCGCGGGAUGCCGACAGCGAGCACGCGGCGUCGAGCCUCGCUUCCUUUGCGGAGGCUGUCUCCUGCUCGACAAACGCCGUCGCGGAGAAGGAGCGGGAGGUGUGGAUGCGCAGCGCGACGUGUUCGGAGCACGAUGGGCCCCCUCACAGCCUCCGCGCGAAGACCGGUGGGGCUUUUUUCCCCCUCGAACGCGAGAGCGCGGAGCUCCGUGAGGCGGUGCUGCUUCCGGCCGAUGGUCUGCCUACUUUUUUAUAUCUCUUCGCUCGACAAGGCCCGGCGCGAAAGCAGCUGCUCGGGUGCCUCUCCCAGCGUAUCCAUGGCUACCUCAAGGAGCUUUUGACCGCCUCGGUUCAGGAUUAUCACGCCGAGUCUAGGUCCCAUGCCCGCGCGAAGACUUCCUUCCAGCUGCUUCCGCCGAAUGUGUUCGAGAUGUGCGUGUUUAUGCUGAAAAUGACGCAGAUCGCCUUUGACGUGCAUCCCGAGUCCGAUGGAAGGGUGGGCGGAGGGAUUCGUGAAGCAAACGCAUCCCGGCCGCAUAUCGCGCAGGGUUCCUUUCCCAGCGAGGUAUCCAAUGCUCAUGAGGACCUGCCUUUCCCCGACACGCAUGAUUUUGGUAGCGACGAAUUUCAAAACUUUGGUAAAACCGCCCUAAGUGUGCUGUGUAAGGGUCUUCGUUCAUUUUUUGGUGAGUUUGAAAACAGCGUCUCGUUGACGCUCGCCCAUGCCUUUCGGGCGCAGGUCGCGGAGAAUGUGAACGCCAUUUCCGCCACCGAUACCAAACUGACGUUGCUGAAGCCAACCGCGCGACCGACGAAGACGCCGAGUGCGGCCUCGCUCGACGUCCUUAACAUCCUCCUCGAGCUCACCUCCCUGCUCCCCUCGCGGGAGUUGUUCAUCGCGUGUUAUCAAAACCUCAUGGCCCCUUGCGCGUUGCACUUCGAGAAGCUGGCGGAGUUGGAGGUGGAAAAAGAGGUGGUGGCGCGGAUCGUCCGCUGCCUUGGGGUCUCGGCAGGGGCGCCGUGUGUGGCCCUCCUGCGGGAUCUCACGCGUGCCGUCCAGGAGGUUCAUCCGCCCGACCGGGAGCGCGCGGACGGGCCGAUCCCCGACCCGGCCUCCUUUCCCCCUCCCUUUCACGAGGACGGGGGGGCUCAGACGGAGAGGCGUCAGGUGUUGGCGCGCGCGGCCGCCGCGGCCGCGCGCGCCGCGAUGCUGCUCCCGUUUAAUAGCCUCAGCCAUUCCUUCGCGGCGUUCACCUCGACGCCCCCCGGGGGAGGCGGGGGCGCCCGGCGGACCCUACAGGAGCUCAUCACCCAUGGCCACCCGCUGCUUCGUCGCGUGUACUUUCUCUGUGCGGCGUGGUGGCGGCCCCACCUGAUCGUGACCGUCUCGCAUGGCGAGAUUCAGUCGUUGUUUCACCACCAUCGCUUCUUCGCGAAGGAGUUGGUCGACGCGGUGCUCCGGACCGUGUGGUAUUAUUCGAGCCGCAAUUAUGCGCUCGGGGAGGGCAUGAACCACGGGGGGGGGCUGCAGCCCUACCCGGGUUAUGAGGCCCUGCGCGAUCCAGGCUGGGAUGACCGCAAUGACGCCGCCGCUGGGAUCGGCGGCAACCUCUUUCUCGGCCUCUCCUCCGCGUUAUCGAAGAAAGUGCAGAAAGGGGGUAGCCGGAUCUACACGAACCUUCGUCUCACCAAGCGCUGCGGCGGGUCUUUUGGGAAUGACUCCUCGGAUGAGGAUAGCGAAGGUUUCACCGAGCCUCAUGGUGUGUCGUCGACGGGCGUGAGCUCUCCUUCGGAGAGGCGUUGGGGGGCUCAGUCGCAGGCCUUUUCCCCUACCCCGCGCGGAUCCCGCAGAGCCACGGCGGGGAGGGCCUUCGCCUUCGCAAGCCCCGCGGCGGAGCGGACGGCGUCGUCCGCGCGCUCGGAGGGGAGCAUCGCUUCCCUCAAUCGGCAUCCCGACGUGGUCCUCUCGGAAGAGGUGACGUGGGAGUGCCGCCACCUCUCCUGGCCGAUGUGUUGCGGGCGGCUCACGUUUAUCAUACACCCUCUGCCCUCCCCAACGCCGCCGCCGGGGAAGCCAAGCGAGACCCUCGUCGAGGAUGGGAAGGAGCCUCAGAUCGACGGGGCUGGAGCGAUGCACGACGGCAAAUCGUACGCCAUCGCACCGGCUUCGCCAGGGAUUCAAGUUACCGGGCCCCUGGUGGUGCUCGUUCUGCUGCAACUUCUACACAAAGUCCGCCAUCGCGCGGAGAGCGCGUCGACAUCGCGGCCCCCGAUCACCUUUCAGUGGUUGUGUACAAACAUGCCGGUGAAAACUCCCAAAACGAUCAUGGGGCACCUCCUCCACAGCCUCCUGCGGUUCGGUCUGGUUCAGCGUGAGGUGCAUCUUGAGACGAAGCAGUAUUGGUACUGGCUCCCAGAUCAGUUCUCGCAUAUCAAGACUUCAAAAAUUACGAUCGACCUAACCAACUCUUUGCAAGAGUGCAGCUUUGCGGAAAUGGGCUUCAGUUACCAUGCAGCCUAUUCCUCGAGGGCGAGGCACUCCUCCGUGAACGCGGCGAUCAAAGGGGACGCCGCCGGUGGGGAAAAUGGAAGACGAUCGUGGCUAAGCUCACCCGGGACUUCUUGCUCGUGUUCGUUGAGUCUUUCCGAAUGGCAGGCCUCUCAAAAGAGUCAAACGCCUGCCUGCAGUUUGGAUAGCUCUGAGGAGAGGAAUAAAGAGCACCUGGUUUUCAUGACCAAACUACGCAGGGUGGAGUUGUGCAUCGUCGAGGUCUUGAAGAGAUCCCACACAAUGAAGCAUUCCGAGCUGUUUGAGUGCGUAGAGGAGCGGCUUCAGGAUCACGGUCCCGUUUCCAUGUCGUUAUUUAAAACGGGCUUAUCAAACCUUAUUGAAAAAGAUUUCAUCAAACCCAUGGGUCUUGAUGAAUAUGCCUAUGUGACUUAA